AUGGCUUUCGUCUUCGACCCCGCCGCCGCCCUGGCCACCUGCAUCGGCCACAUCGAGGCCGGCGACCUCGACUCAUUGCUGGAAUUCGUGCCUGACGAGGUCAUUGACCGGGUCAUCGAGAUGCGCCGCUGCGCCGGCGGCGGCGACCCCGCGUGGCUGCGCUUCACCGACGUCCUGCAGGCCAACGCGGCGCCCCACCUCUACCUCGACUCGUUCGCGAUCCGCCACCUCGCGCACGGCGUCCCGCGCAGCCUCAAGCUGCUGUCGGCGGUCCGCGUGUCGCACGACCGCUACCUGCAGCGCUGCGCGGUGGUGGCGGAGAGCGGGGAGGAGGCGGUGCUGUCGUUCGAGAUGCUGCAACAGGAGUGCCUCGAGAACCAGUACCGCGGGCCCCCGCUGGUGCGCAAGCGGUGGAUGCUCCGCUCCGUCCGCGGCGAGAGCGACGCCGCCGGCGGCGACGCCGCGCCGCUGCCGGCGCACCCCUCCCCGUCGCACGCGCCCGAGCUGGUCCUGCAGGCGCAGCUCGCGGCGCUGCGGGAGCACUCGUACGUGGGCGUCUUCGCCCACGCAAGCCCCGCCAACAAGGAGGCGACGGGGCCCGUCCAGCAGUUUGCGCGCCUGCUGCAGUCGCCGGCCUACGCGCCGCUGCUGGGCCACGAGGGCUCGGAGACGCUGCAGCGCAUGCAGCCGUCGCCGGCGGUGUACAUGGAGCUUGUGCGUGUGCACCCCGGCGGCGCGCUUGGCGCGCGCAUGCGGCAGGAGGCUGCAGAACGCGCUGCCAGCAGGGGCAGGCGCGGCGGCGGCGGCGCGGCGGCGCCCAAGCCAGGGCUGACGUAUCUGUGGGUGCUGUCGCGGCAGGGCGAGGGCGGCCCGUUCUCCGGCUGCUGGAUGGUCGACAGCGUGCAGCCGGUCGACUCGCUGCCCAUGAUGCCGCCGCCGGCGCCGCCGGGGGCCGAGUAG